AUGUCCGCGACUCCAGCGCGCCGCUCGCCGUUCUACACGCUCGAAGAUGCCAAGAUCAGCUUCAACAUCUUCUGCUGCUUCUGCGGCAUCGGGUCGCUGUCCAUGCCGUCCAACUACGCGCGGGCCGGGCCGAUCUACGCGACGAUCGCGCUGCUGCUCAUGGCCUUCGUGAACAUCUACGCCACCAUCGCGCUGUCCAAGGUCAUCUACGCUGCGCCUCCUUCCGUCAAGACGUUCACGGAUGUCGGCGCCUGGGUGUUCGGCUCCCCCGGCCGCUACGCCGUCAUGAUCUCGCAGCUGCUUGUGUGUCUGCUACUG